UCCAAAACCUCUUCCCCCUUCACUCAUACUAUCUUCCUAUAACCUCCAUCAUAUUCCUCUGUUUUUUGGUUCUUUAUAUUUAGAGAUCUCCUCUGUUUCUUCUCUCGCCUCCUCUGUUUCUCUCUUCUAUCAUCAAUAACAAAACCCAAACCGAGGAAAAACACAUAAAAACUGAAACUUUGAUGGUCGGAAACUAAUGACUCCGGUUCUCUGCGAAAUCUUGCUCUCUGGGCUCACGUUUAAAUCUGCUCUCCGCCGUAGAACCCAUCUCGUUCAAUCAUUCUCCGUCGUCUUCCUCUACUGGUUUUACAACGUUUCAUGAAUUGCUGACAACCCUCAAAUCUAAUCCUUAAAUUAAAUUAAUUUACAUCAUAUAUUAAUUAUUUUCAGACAA